CUCACGUAUUGAGAUAAAGACCAAGGAAGGAGAUGGACUCCGUUUCAGGUGAGAGCGGCUACUGCUCUACCACCGGCAUCUAUCGCAGUCCUUUGGUUCCCCCUCCUCCUCUUCAUCUCCCAUGCGUUUCCCUCCCCCACUUCCUCCUCCUCUCCACCCCGGCUCCCCCCACCAAGCCGGCCUUCGUCGACGCCGUCUCCGGCGACUCCCUCUCCUACGCCGAGCUCCACUCACUCACCGCCGCCGCCGCCUCCGCACUCUCCUCCGCUGGCCUACGCCGCGGGGACCUCGCCCUCCUCGUCUCCCCUAACUCCAUCCACUACCCCGUCCUCGCCCUCGCCGUCCUCUCCCUCGGCGCCGUCCUCUCCACAGCCAACCCCCUCCUCACCCACUUAGAGCUCCAGACGCAGGUACGCGACUCCGAGCCCGUCCUCAUCAUCGCCGCCGUCGAGCUCCUCCCCAAGCUCGACGGCAUCCUCCCCGGUCGCCCCCUGAUCCCGAUCGAGCCCUUCCUCGCCUCCCUGCCCCGCGAAGUUGACCCGCCCUUACCCGACGUGGACGUGGGCCCCGGCCACCCGGCGACGGUGAUGUACUCGUCGGGGACGACGGGGAAGAGCAAGGGGGUGGUGAGCACCCACGGGAACCUGACUGCCACGGCGAGCCUGCUGCGGCACGUGUGGGGGGGCGAAGCGCGGCGCGAUGAUGUGUACGCGUGCGUGGUGCCGCUGUCGCACAUGUUCGGGUUCUCGGUGCUGGUGUGCGGGACGCUGGCGUCGGGGGCCACCACGGUGGUGCUCCGGCGGUAUGCGGUGGGGGAGCUGCUGACGGCGGUGGAGCAACACCGAGUGACGCGGCUCCCCGCGGUGCCCCCUGUGGUGGUGCAGAUGGCGCGGUCGUGCCGCGCGGGUUUGGCCGGCGGACGUGGUCUGCGGUCGCUGAAGGAGGUCAUCUGCUCCGGCGCGCCCAUCGCCAGGGAGCAGUUGGAGCGCUUCGUCGAGUGCUUCCCCGGCACCACUGUCUCUCAGUGCUAUGGAUUAACCGAAACCAGUGGCCCCAUAACUGUGUGUGAUGGGGUCAGAGGCCGAUUCCACGUCUCCAUCGGAAGGUUGAUCCCGACAAUGGAAGCCAGGAUUGCUGACGUGCGUACAGGAAAAGCUCUUCCACCGUAUCGACGUGGCGAACUGUGCGUCAGGGGGCCUCUCGUCAUGCAAGAGGUGGUGGUGUCUUCAUCUGAACCCUGGAAUCCUGGUGUGGGGUAUCUAUCCCUAGGCUACAUGAAGAACGAGGAAGCCACAUCUCUUGCCAUCGACCGAGAAGGGUGGCUGCACACCGGCGACUUGUGCUACAUCGACAAGCGUGGGUUGGUCUACGUCGUCGACAGGAUCAAAGAGCUCAUAAAAUACAAAGCUUACCAGGUAUCUCCGGCGGAGCUUGAAGAGGUUCUUUCUACGCAUCCUGAUGUCAUGGAUGUUGCUGUCACUUCCAGGUACCCUGAUGAAGAGGCAGGAGAGAUCCCUGUGGCAUGUGUUGUCAGAAAGCCGGGCAGCAAUGUGGAGGAAGAUGAUAUCUUCGCUUUCAUGGACAACAAGGUGGCUCCUUAUAAGAAGAUUAGGAAAGUGGCUUUCGUGGAGUUCAUCCCAAGAUCUCCGUCAGGGAAGAUCCUGAGGCGGCAUCUGAAGGCCGCGGCUGAUCGCCGUCAGAGACGAGAGAUAUCUGCAAGGCUAUAGAAUAACAUGUCACGAAGCAUCACUUCUUUGAGCUGCGUUCGCCGUACUGUACGGAAUGGAUGUUGUCGGAUUGGGAGGCUUUGCUUCUAUUACUGUUUGUUUUCCUUGAUGUUGUUCUCUAAUCUGAAUAAGUCGUCGUUUGAUUCUGUGUCAAUAAACGGUGCAAUAACACCACAGAAGGUUGCAAAGAUUUGUUACAUGAGUUCAUCUAAAUUUCCUUGGAUUUCUCCCGACAGCUUUGGGAUCAACACUUACUCAGCCACUAUUAUUAUUUGAUGAAAGAAACAACACAUUGUUUGGUGAGAGCAGCAGUUGGAUUCAAAAUGUAGCAAACACCAGAAACCAGGAGAUUGAGAAUUACAAUAAAGAACCGAACCAUCUAACAGAGGCAUAGU